CAGAUCAGAAGGUUGCGUGUUCAAAUCACGUCGGGGUCAAAUUUUAACUUUUUGUUCUCAAAAAUCAUAAAAAUUAUUUUUUGAAAUAAGUACAGUCGCUGCACAGGCCAACGGAUAAUAAGUAUACAUCAAUAUAGUGGACUCCAUGAGAUCAGUUUGAACGAAUAAAAGGAUAAAUGGGUAAGGAGGAAGAUAUUAAAAAUACAAAAUCAAAUACAAAUUCUUCUUCCCCGUCAACUAGUCAAGAAACUAUGUCGAGCGAAACAGAUAUGUACCAGACAAUCAUCACAUUCGAAGAAGAAGAAGCUCUAGAGCGAUCUUCUGAGAAAGAUGCUGAAAGUUUUUAUACUACGUGUAAUCAAAUUCGUAAAAAUAUGGGACAAAUAGCAAAACUCAAAUCAAGUGCCGAUGCUAGUACAAAGGACCAGACAAAGGAACAGAUCAGAGAGCUACAAGUAGAUACUCUUUUAGCAUUUAUGGAGUUAAAAAAAUUAAAUAGAAUGGAAAAAUUCAGAACAAAGUUUUCUCGUGACUCUUUGAACACAGCUAAAACUAAUGUUGAUAAUCGACAUUUACAAUUACAAAAUUUGUUAUAUGAAGUGAUACAUUUGAAGAAAGAAGUAAUGAAGUGUCUUCAAUUCAAAUCUAAGGAUGAAAAAAUAAAAUUAGUCCCUGAAGAAGAAUUCUACAAAGAAGCUCCAGAAUCUAUUUCUAGACCUGAAAUAACAAAGAAUGACCCUCAUCAGAAGAGAUUAGCUAGACUUGAGUGGGAAUUGACACAAAGAAAACAAUUAGCAGUGCUAUGUGAUAAUCUUAGUGAAAGUAAGAAAUCUGUAGCUGCCAGUAUAGAAUCAAAACAGUCACGUUUAGACAACCUUGCACCACAACUGCGAGGAAUUUUGGAGGCAAGCAAACCAUUACAAGAAAGUCUUGGUCUUCCAUUAGACAAACUUAGAUUGGAACAUGAAAAGGCAGCACUGUUGGCACCACCUCUAUAUAUUCUCUAUGCAAAAGCUUCUGCAUUCAGAGAUGCCUGUGAUUCCACGUUAGUCGUAUCUGUUGAAGGUGAUGAAGAAGAGGCUAGACGUACUUCCAAUACAGACAAUGGACAAGAAUCUGAUUCCGAUAAUGAAGGCCAAUCAGAAAAUGUUCCAGAAGAAGCUCCUGUACAUAAAAAGAGACAUCAUAGAAUAUCAAAAGAAGCAAGACAAGAAGAGAAAAAGAUGCGAUUACUUCAAAAACAUCCUCUCAGUGUAAAAAUUAUUGUCUCCUUCAAAAAUGAUACUAAGCUUAAGUUACAAUUUUACUACCUCACUGUCUUAAAAGUUAUAACUGUAGAGUCAGACCUAUUAACAGUAAAUUUAGGAGGCAUUAGUGUUGGAGAUAUGCUGGUUUCGGAAUCAGUUCUACGCGAAUUGUAUCCAGGUGAUGCAGGUUUAGAAAGUCCCAACCCAGCAAAUACUUAUCAAUUAGCUAGACAAAAGCUUGGUUCAUUCUCAUCAUUGGGUCUUGGUAUUCCUUACAAGUGGGCACAAAGGAUGGCAGGUUUACACUUUGUUCCUGUUGACGCCCGAGAACAAAAGACGGUUAUCCAAGAUCAUUCACAAGAUAGUGUUGAAAGCGUAUUAAGGGAGAUCAAAAAACGUGUAAAGGCCAGAUUAGAUUUAUGCUCAGAAAUACGUCAUUUAGAAUCUGGAAACUUACCUGUAAUUACUAAUGCAGCCGACCCAAUACCACAAAAAAUAGCUACGACCAUUCAUAAAUUCAUCAUUUCUUCUUGGAAAAACUACUGCGCUACAUUCAAUUGCCCAGAGUCCAGUAAAGAAGAAUUUAUCAGUUCUUCAGAUACCUUUUACGAAGCUAUUUUGCGUCGAGGCAGCCAUGAAUUAGUAGCCUACAUCGCCAUCAAACCAGACUACCCGAAAGUUACCUCAGUCUUUCGAAUAAGCUUCAACUCGAAUAUUUCUGCAGAAGUGGACACACUUCGUGAAAUAGAGCGCGAAGUUAACGUAAUGUGGGAGAAGUCACCAACCCUGUCAGCUCAACUCCAACGGCUUCGAGCCUGUUUUGAUAUCUAUUUAGAAACGGAGAAUAUAGCACCACGUGAAAAGAUCUUCUUCCACUCGGUCCGAGGUAGAACUCGAUCCCGGCCCUACAAGUACGUGGAAAUUGGCGGUGGAAUUUUCACUCAUCGCUAGGUCAAUUUUAGCAAUUAACUAUUUUUUAAUCAUAUGGUAAGAUUUACAAUACAAACAAUGAAAUAUAGAAAUUUUUUAAUUUAA